UUUGCAGAAGCAGUGGUCAAGAAAGACCCUGCUAAAAAUAUAAAGAGAUAGAACAUCUUAAUAUAUCCUGAACAUCAUUUAAUAAAAAAUACCACAUAAUGUCCGGAAAUUGGAACAAUAAUCGUGGUGGUAGCGGUGGUUCCAAGUUUGGAGGAGGAGGCGGCGGCGGAGGAAGAUUUGGUGGAUCAAAAUUUGGCGGAGGCGGUGGCGGCGGUAAAUUUGGCGGUAAUAAUGGAUAUGGUAACAAGAAAGAAUUCUCAGGAGGGCAGAACAUGCGUCGCCCCAACUGGGAUUCCAUGUCCCUACAGCCAUUCAACAAAAAUUUCUACAACCCACCGCCAGCCAUACUAAACAGAUCACCAUAUGAGGUAGAAGCUUAUAGAAACAAACAUGAAAUAACCAUCAGUGGUGUAGAUGUACCUCACCCAAUUGAAAAGUUUGAUGAAGCAAACUUCCCAGACUAUGUCAUGCAAAGUAUCACUAAUAUGGGCUAUAAGGACCCAACACCAAUCCAAGCGCAGGGAUGGCCUAUUGCUAUGUCUGGAAAGAACUUAGUGGGCAUUGCCCAAACGGGUUCUGGCAAAACAUUGGCAUAUAUUUUACCUGCUAUUGUUCAUAUCAACAAUCAACAACCUAUAAGGCGAGGCGAUGGUCCUAUUGCGUUGGUAUUGGCACCUACAAGAGAGCUUGCCCAGCAAAUUCAACAAGUUGCUACUGAUUUUGGAAAUGCGGCCUAUGUCCGUAACACAUGCAUUUUUGGAGGGGCACCUAAAAGGGAACAAGCCCGUGACUUGGAAAGGGGUGUAGAAAUUGUUAUCGCAACACCUGGAAGACUUAUUGAUUUUCUAGAGAAGGGUACUACCAACUUGCAACGUUGUACAUAUCUUGUACUUGAUGAAGCUGACCGCAUGUUAGACAUGGGUUUUGAACCUCAAAUCAGAAAAAUUAUUGAACAAAUCCGCCCAGACAGACAAACAUUGAUGUGGUCCGCAACAUGGCCCAAAGAAGUGAAAAAGCUGGCAGAAGAUUAUCUUGGUGAUUACAUGCAGAUCAAUAUUGGAUCAAUGCAGUUGUCAGCAAACCAUAACAUUUUACAGAUUAUAGAUAUUUGCCAAGAGCAUGAAAAAGAAAAUAAAUUGAAUACAUUAUUGCAAGAAAUUGGAGAAAAUCAAGAUCCUGGUUCAAAGACAAUUAUAUUUGUUGAGACCAAGAGGAAAGUAGAAAAUAUCACAAGGAAUAUUAGACGAUAUGGAUGGCCGGCAGUAUGUAUGCACGGUGAUAAGACACAACAAGAGAGAGAUGAUGUAUUAAAUCAAUUCAAACAAGGCAGAGCUACAAUUCUUGUAGCAACUGAUGUUGCUGCUAGAGGACUUGAUGUGGAUGGAAUUAAAUAUGUAAUAAACUUUGAUUAUCCUAACUCAUCUGAGGAUUACAUUCACCGAAUUGGUAGAACAGGACGAUCAAAAUCAAAAGGAACAUCAUAUGCAUUUUUCACACCUUCAAAUUCGCGUCAAGCAAAGGACCUGGUCUCAGUCUUACAGGAAGCUAACCAGAUAAUCAGUCCUCAAUUACAAUCAAUGGCUGACAGAUGUGGUGGAGGUGGCGGAGGAUGGAACAGGAAUAGGUUUGGUGGAGGAAGGGGUGGUGGAACUUUCAAACGAGGAGGAAACUUUGGAAGAAGUAAUGGGACAUCCCACAAGAGAUUUAAUGACUACUAAUGUAGAUUUAACAUAAUUUAAAUAGUAGCAAAUCCUCAUGGAAUAUUAAUUAAGUGUAUGUAUCUGUAUUUAAAGUGUGAAACUGAUGUCAAGUGUUUGUAGUAAUCUUUAUUGACAUAUUUUCUCAAUGUGAGAUUGAUUAUUCCAAUAUGUACAAGUAUACAUAGCUUGUGGAAGCAUCUAGUUAAUUUACUUUGUUGCUCUGUGAUAAUUUGAUGAGGAUUAGCUUAAUUUUAAGUUAUUUUGUAUUUGACUACCUUUGUCUUGUCCCAUAUUUAUUAUAAUUUGGUCCCCUUCAAAAAUACCUUUUUGUAUUUCAAAAAUAGAUAAAUGGCCCAAAUCUUCAUUCCAAUGUGAAAACUUACAUUAAAAUAAAGUUAUUAAUAAGGAA